AGUGGCUUGUAUGUCUGAUAUCUUCCUUCCGCCUCAUGCGGGAAGCUAACGGAGUCGAUGGUAGGUUAGGUCUAGAAUCUAGUCUGCAGUCAACCUUAAAAAGCUGCGAUGGAAGAAGCACAAGUUUACAGCAAAAUUCCUCAAGAUCUAGUGAGGCAUCUUGGUGUUGAGCCUCACAACAGCUCUAAAGCCGCAAAGUUUACUGAAGCCCAUCUGAAGCAGUGCACUCAGCAGCCGAGCCGGCUGGAUGUGAAGAGCAUGCUGACUCAUAAAGCCGUGCUGCUGGGCUACAGUCGGCCCAGAAGAGAUACGACUAGAACCAAAAAUAGGAAGAAAGCCAAAGGACUCAACGCGCGACAGAAGCGAAUGAUGAAGGUUUUCCACAUCAAGCCUCAACACCAGAGGUAUGAGCUUUUCUUGCCGCUACACCAGCUAUGGAGACAAUAUGUUGUGGACCUGUGUGGUGGACUCAAACCGACAGUGAAUCCACAGUAUGUGCAGCAAAAGCUUAUGAAGGCAGACUUGCAUGGAGCCGUCAUCACAGUGGUGCGCUCCAAAUGUCCAUCCUAUGUGGGAACUACAGGGAUUCUCAUCCAAGAAUUCAAACAUGUGUUCAAAAUAAUCACCAAAGAAGACCAGGUCAAAGUGAUCCCAAAGAGGAACAGUGUGUUUUCUGUAGAAAUGGACAGCUUUGUUUCACACUUCUAUGGAAACAAAAUGGAGUUCCGAGCCAGUGAACGUUCUGCCAAGAAGUUCAAAGUGAAAGGAACUAUAGACCUCUAAAGGCGCCCAGCUCUGUCAUCUCUUUGCCCCUACUGGAUGAUAAAGGAACUGCACACAUGACAAGCAUGCAACAGGGCAUGUACUCUUCACAGACAGCUUGUGCAGAACUCAGACUGUUUAAUCAAACCACUGGCAGUGAAGAGUGUAGACAUCCAUCUGAAUGAAUACCUAUGAGGAGAGUGUAAAGGCAGCUUAACGUACAGUUUUGAGCAUCCUCUCAGCCAGAACAGAGGCUGGACACAGGGUGUUCCUGGGAUCAGAGUCACUCAGGAUGCUUGUAGUCAUCUAUCUGGACUGUUACUUGGAGUGCUAAUCAUUCCUUUUUGAGAGUCAGGAGUAAGUUAAGAUGUUAGAAACCAAGUGGAUCUCUGAACUCUGGGCCAUUUUCACCCGAAGAGCCUGUCAUUCAGGCUCCUAUAGUCUUCAAUCGUCCAGAAUUUGAUCCUUGUUAUUUUUAGAUGCAUUUGGAAAAAUAAAAAGCAAGAUUCUAAAAAUGUAAAUGUAAAGGAUAAUAAUCUGAAUUUCUAACAAAGGAAUCAAGUAUAUUUCUAUAGCACAUUUCAGCAACUAGGCAGUUGAAAGUACUUUAUAUAUAAUAAAAAUACAAAGUCAUUGAGUACACAGUCAACAAUUGAAACAUAACAUUUUGUCGCUUCAUAUAUUGUUUUAUAUGCAGCAGAUUCAUUUUCCACAGUGCAACUUAUUUAUUGUUUUGUUUUUUAAAUCAAUCAACUCAAAAAUAAAAAGCUCAAUUUCACAGCAUUUUGGGUCCUCAAACCCUUUUUAAAACUAAUCCAAUCCUAAUGUAGCUAAUUAGACUUAAGUGUUCAGCAUUAAGUUCCUUCUGGGUCUUGCAGAUAAUAAUAAUAAUAAUAAUAAUGUGGAGAUGGUUUUGAUUGGAUGUCUAGAAUGUGAUGAAAACUACCUGAGAAAUCUAGAAAUGGAGGUUUGGUGAAGUACAGAAUUUUCAAAUUAAGCACCAUCUUCCAUAUUGUAGCAUUCUAACUCAAAUAUAAAUUUUUUUUGCUAUUAUGAUUUCAUAACAAUAAGAAAUAAUAAUUUCCUCCUAAUAAAACAUUAUUAUCGUCACAGUUCUGAUUACAGACACUCUGAGUGCCGGUUGGAGACAUCAAAGGAAGCGGAUCCAAGCGGAAAACCAUUUGCAAGGUCAACUAAAGGUGUUUUGUUUUUUUCUUGAUACACUUCAUGGUGAUUACUUUGGUGAAAGUCAUUUUUUUUAGUUAACCCUUAGCUAAACCCUUAACUAAUUCAACUGAGGUCAUCAAACAGCCAAGGUGGGGUAUGAAUGCCGCUUGAUGAUGCGCACUUUGCUCAUGGCAAACAUAGAAGUACAUUGACAUCUAGCUGUCAACUACAACAAUUAAAAUUUCCUGUGAAAAUACAGUUCUGUUGAAAAUUGCAAAAGCAUUUGAAGUCAACUGCAAAAAUGUAAGAAUAGGCAGAAGCAAAAGAACAAAGCAUGAAACUGCAAAGUACCUAAACAGGAUAAUUACCACAGAAAAACUGUUGAAGAAGAGCAAGAACUUGUGGACAAUACAAAAUUCCCAACCAAACUAGAAAUACUGAAAGCUAAACUGUUGGGUCACAACAAUUUAUCUUAAAAUUAGAUAAAAAGGUAAAACUAGUUAAAAUAGUAAUGAUAGCAUCUAGUCUAGCACUAGCAUGUUGGCACAUGUGACAUAUUUUAUGCAAUGUGAAAAAACAAAUGGAAAAGCUAAAAUUAGCUAAAAAGCUAAGAGUAACUUAAAUGCCUUUGCCAGCAGUAUUAUGUGU